AUGAGCGGUCCAGAUGCGCUAUUCUCUCUGCGGAACAACUUUCAGCUGGGCGCGUACCAGGCGGCGAUCAACGAGAGCGGCGUGGGAGGGCUGUCGGAGGCGGAGAGCAUCGAGUGCGACACCAUCGUGUACCGCUCCUACAUCGCGCUUGGUAGCUACCAGCUGGUGAUCGACGAGAUCACGGAGUCGUCCGCCACGGCGCUGCAGGCCGUCAAGCUGCUCGCGCUCUACCUCGCCGAUAACACCAACAAGAGGGCGGGGCGGCAGGAGGUGGUGCUGGCGGGGCUGGAGGGGUAUCUGUCGGACCCCGUCAUCGGCAAGAACGCGACGCUGCUGCUGGUGGCGGGCACGGUGUACGCGCGCGAGCAGAACUACGUCGACGCGCUCAAGGUCGCUCACGCCCUCGCCGCCAACCUCGAGCUGUACGUGUUUCUACUCAUGGACCGCGCGGACCUAGCGGAGAAGCAGGUGAAGGCGAUGCAGCAGGUGGACGAGGACGCCACGCUCACGCAGCUCGCCCUCGGCUGGGGCGGGUCGAAGGUGCAGGAGGCGACGUAUGUGUUUCAGGAGCUGGCGGACAAGCUCAGCCCGUCCGUGUCGCUGCUCAACGGCAGUGCGCUCGCCCAGAUGCACUCCGGUAACUUCGAGGAUGCUGAGGCGCUGCUGCUGGACGCCCUCAACAAGGAUGCCAAGGACGCCAACACGCUGGCCAACCUCGUUGUCUGCUCGCUGCACCGAGGGAAGCCUGCCACGCGCUAUCUGAAGUGA